AGAAGAGUAAUAAAGGAUGAUUAAUUAUAUAUUACUGCAUAUUUCUUAAACUAAUAAUAAUUCAUAUUAUGUUUUUUAUAAUGCCUAUAACUAAUAUUAUUUAAAAUAAUAUUUGAAAUAUAUAUGUCAACACAACCAUAAAAAAUUACUACAAUAUGUUAUAGAAACAAUUGCUAAAAGAAUAAUAACAUAUGCUGAUAUAUAUAACUAUAAUAUAAUGACAAUGUGUAAUGUAUUUGCGGUUUAUGUAUUAUUAAUUACAAUAAAUUUAAGUUAUGAUCUUAGAAUUCCAAAGUUAGGAGACAUAUAUGAUAGUAAAUACAGUAAGAGUAUCGAUAUAUGUAAGUUUUUACUUUGGAUUUUAUAAAAACAUGCUUAUUUAGGUACAACCAGAAUUAUAGAUACAAAUUUUGAAUAUCCAAGAAGUAAUAAUAAUCUUAGACAAGUAUACAAAGAGCAAUGGUUAAAAUAUUAUGCAUGUUUAAAUAAGCAAUAUACCCAAAUUAAAUCACAGAAAAUACUACAUCCUGUUGCCCUUAUAGUACUGGAAGGAACAUCAGUAAUGUAUGAAUAAAAAAUAAUACUGAAUCUUAAUUAAACUCGAAUCUUAAUAAAAUCUUACUUAUAUAUAAUUUAUAGUUUGAAGUGUGAGAUAUGUAUCUCUCCAUUAGUAGUAUAUGAAGUUAAUACCAUUGAAUGGUAUUUUAAUAGUAGCAGCAAUAAUAAUGUUACUAAUGAAUUAAUUCAAUCUGCCUCACACAUAUUAGUUUCUCAAAAUAAUAAAUAUUUAAAAAUGUAUAACAUUCAGUUAGAACAAGAUGGCCAGUAUUGGUGUCAAAUGAAAGAUACAAAAGGAACACUUUAUUAUUUGCAUGUUGAUAAUGGUUAUGAGGGCAUAGAUAUUGUUCAUCCUAAUGCAGUACCAAACGUACGACAUGCUGCAUCAUCAGAAAUAAUAACAGAAUACAACUUAAAAAUAUAUACUACAUGGAUGAAUUGGUCUCCAUGUUCCAAAUGUGAUAAUGUUGGUAUAAAAAUUCGUUAUGGUUAUUGUACUCUUUCUCUAUUAGAAAAUCCUGUAUAUCAUGCUGGCAUUGAUGAAGACAACUUAAGUGAAAAUAUACAAUAUAUAAUGGAAAUACUAUUUUAUGUAUUCCAAAAUAAAUUGCCAUGUAAAUUUAGAUAUAUCCCAUAUCAUAUCCGAAAACAUAUAAUUAUUAAACAAAGGAAAAUUGAAAUGAUGGUUAAAUAUUGCAAGAAAAACUGUUCAAGUGAUGUAGUAUUUGAAGUACAUAAUAAAGCUGGCAAAAUAAUUGAAAGUGCAAAUAAUAGUGCUAAUAUAUAUUCUAUGAUCCAAAAAAUACCUUCUUUAGCGCCAGAAAUUACAAGAACAAUAAUUUAUGGAAUAAUUAAUAAGAAAAUACAAAUCAAAUGUCCAGGAAAUCUAAAUAUAGAAACACCAAUAAUUUGGAAAAUUGGAAUUAAAAUAUUACCAUUUAUUAAAUAUCAUUCAAAUUCAACAAUAUUUAUUGAUUCACGGAUGCGUAUAGUUUUUAAAAAAUUAAAAUUUACAGAUAGUAACAUAUAUAGUUGCUGGCAAAAUAAUCAACUUGCAGGAACAGUAAAAUUAAUAGUGACCGAUGAAACAGAAUUAAAAUUAAACUAUCAUUAUAUGAUGUUUGGUACUAUUGCUAUUAUUUCUGUAUUUACUAUAGUAAUUUGGAGAGUGUUAAAAGGCAAAAGACGAUUUACGAAACAUUAGAUGACAUUACAAAAAUUCAAAUCAUCAAGUUACUGUAAAUAUUUCAGUAUUACAUUAAAAUAGUAAAGAAAUGUUUUUUCAAAUAAAGAAGUAAUUUUGAAGU